CUUGGCAGUAGCUGUUUGAAGAAUCAAGAUGAUGUUCUCCUCCAACUGCUUUGCGUGCCUCCUCCUGUUCGUUCUCGCAACAGCAUCAGCACAAUUUAAUCCAUCUUCAGGGUGUCCACCAGCGGGUCUUCUUAACAAGAAACUCAAGAUCCUCAGUACGGCACUCGGUGACAUUAACACCGGGCUUGAUUGCGUCUUGACCAUCAUCGACGAGCAGUGUCCAUGCCCAGACGACUCCCCCGAGUGUUUCGAGACACGUGUCACAGACUUCCAAACUGCUUUAGGAAACCUGAUUGGGGAUGUCGCCAAUGUCACAGCCGUCGCCCCAGUAGACUGCCCUGAGCGUACCGGUGCGGUGUUCGUGGCUUCGUGCAAUGGAACCGGAAGUGUUGCUGUGGUAGACCCCAAUGGUGUCAUCCAAAACGACUUCACAUUAGACGAGAGUGUAACUAGAUGGUCUGUUUUCCCCAACGGUGAUACUUAUGGGCUUGACUACAUUAUAAACAACCCGUUUGAAGUUCGAUGUCGCGCCACACCAAAUGGAUCGGAAAUCAUAUUAGGCGAUACUACUGAUGCUCCACUAACAGCUGAUGCAGUUGGUACUGGGAUUGCGUACAAUCCUGACACAGACGAAGACUAUGUUGCCAUUACGUUGAACGAUCCGAAUCUGUCUGGCAUCUUUUCCUUCAGUAGGAUGAACCCUCCAGAUAUCAACCCGCUUUUCUCAUAUGCCCCGACCGGACAGAUUCAGUUCGUUAACGGGUACCUGUACAUGAAUGAUGGUCUAAGUAUCAUGAAACGACACCUCGUCGUUGGAGACUGGGCAACAGUACUAACAUUUUCAUUGCCGCCUCUGUCCUUCGUAGUUCUCGAUGAUGGUAGAAUAGUGUAUUGUGAUAGAGCCGGGGCCCUGUACAUCUAUGACCCUGCAGAGGACACAUAUAGACAGCUGAGACGUCCAAGAGUUGGGAAUUGCUGUGGUUCAAUUAAAGUCAGCCCAUGUGAUUCCCUAAUCUACGUCGUCUACAAAGACGAUGCGGAUAUUGAGAUCUACGAUACUACAAUAUUUAAAUACGUUGGAUCUCUAACAUACACCUCGUCGACUCCAUCGUCAUGCCCGUCUAUUGCAUGCGAUCCAACAUUCUGCUGUGCAUGAGCGGAGUUCGAUGACGGAUGAGCUGACAUCGUGAGCCACGUUAUCCAAACGUAAUAGAAUGCAAAAGAGUGUAGAGGUAUUGUUUCGUCAAUAAACCUUUUUACACUCA